AGAAAAAUGUAAACAAGCAACAAAAUAAGCUAUAGGAAACUGUAACAAGGUUCAGCAAUGGCGAUCGCCCCCAGCAUCGUACAAAGCAUUUCCGCCAUGACAGCCAAACUCUACCAGCCGGCUCAGUCCGUCCCCCAGGAGAAGCGACUGCCGCCCAACAAGCUGAACCUACUGGCCAUGACCUCGGCCUCCAAGGUCAAGUGUGAGAUCUGCAACCAAUGGGGCAGUCUGCAGUGCGCCAAGUGUCGGGUCACCUACUACUGCUGCGAGGAUCACAUGGAGAUGGACAGGACCCUGCACGAGGACAUCUGUCCGCGCAUCGAGCUCCUGCGUCAGCCAAUCGAAUUCAGCCCGUGUCAGGACACGCGCGAGAGGAUGAAAAAACAGAGGCGUGUCCUGCUGGAGGAGAUGUACACGUACACGUACAAGCAGGGGCAGACAGCCAUGGAGGCGGGGUUCUACGAGAAGGCUAUCCCAGCCGCUGUGGUCAGCGCCAAGUACGCCCAAGAGAUCUGGGGCACGUCUGCUGAGGUCAUCCCGCCCCUGCUGGUCGCCGCGGAAUGUUACGUCAAUAAAGGCAAGCUGGGGACGGCUGACGCGUUUUUGGCGCGAGUUUUGUGUAUCGAGCUAGAGGCUCCCAACAUCAAGCCGUCAAUCAAAGCCAGGAUCAAGAGGAACGAGGGUCUGAUACACCAGGCCAAGGUCAACUACCAGGAGGCGCUCGAGUGUUUUGCUGAAGAGAUUUACCAAAACACGGAGGAGUUCGGUCCCCUGCACAUUCGCACUUCCGGUGGCUACUGCUAUCUGGGUCACAUGUUCCAGCUCAAGGAGGACGAGCUGCCAGCGCUGUCAUUGUACAGACAAACAGUGGACAUCUGGAUUAGCACCAUUGUUCCCAUCCUAGAGGAAAUGACGUCACAGCCGGAUGUGCCCAUCAUCGGGGCCAUCAAGACGCAGGCCGAGAAACAGUGGAUGUACGAGUGUGACAAGCUAGAGGGCCUCAAGCUGUUGAUGAAAUGUUACACCCACCUGAAGGAAAUCAAGACGAUGAAGGUGCCACUACUGGACAUGGUGCGGGCCAUCUACGCCAUCGGGUGCAUGAUGUACAUCAACGAGAGGUAUACGGAGGGCAAGAUCCGGGUCCGCGAGGGUCUGACCCUGUGUAGCGAUGCUAAAAUGAAAGCAGAGCCCAUCUGGAAGAGUCUGACGGACCUCAACAAGUACAUCGACCGCAAGAUUUACCGUCAGGACAACCUCAACCUUGACCAUUCCACGAUGUCGGUCGAUUGGUCGGUAGAAUGAGGACACCGCCGAUGGUAGCUGGUCUGGUAGCUGGUCUCUGUCCAGAUUUCUCUAGCUGACUAGCUGGUCUAAGCUUAAUUUAGCUGCUCUAGUUUGUCUAAAUGUAUUUGCGCCUAGGUUAGUUUGUCUAGGCCCUGUGUUACGUCUAGCGGCUGUGUGAUGUACCCCGGAUGUUGUGAACAUAAUUCUGUGAUAGGCGGGUUGGUCAUGGUGAGGCUUUGCAAAGGUUCUUCUGAGGUUCUGCUGAGGUUCUGGUUCCUUCUCAGCAACAAUGUUGGUGAUUUGUUUGGUGAAAAAAACAUGUAAAAUGUGAUUUUGAUGAAACAAAUUGUGCGAAAUGAGAUUUUAGUUAAACAAAUUGUGUGAAAUGUGAUUUUGAUGAAACUAAUUGUGUGAAAUGAGAUUUUAGUGAAACAAAUUGUGUGAAAUGUGAUUUUAGUGAAACAAAUUGUGUGAAAUGUGAUUUUGGUGAAACAAAUUGU